UUAGUGCCGGACUCAUCAUGCAGCAAGCACCUAAUCCAGAAAUCGUACCUCUCAGACUCGAGACUUUGACAGAAGGUGGACCCCAAACAUUCUCCGCGGUCCACCCUCGCCAAUGCACACCAUGCCAUGCGUCCUACUAGCACUGAAUAGUGGCCUUGCAGCUUUCCCGCCAUGAGUUCUUAGUUCUUGGAGACUAAUGCAAUAAAGGAGUGGGUGGCGGCGAAAGCUGUUCUCCUAUCGUUGUACUAACUACUGAAGUGGCUGUCGAAAAUUUCAGUCUCGAAGCUGGUCGUGUUGAUCCUCUGUGAAGCUAGUUCACGGUAGCUCGCAGUUCUAUCUCGACAAAUUUUCUUCUUCCUCCUUGGAGCUUCUUGAAGGGACGCAAACAUUUGUACGUACGGAGUUCGUGUAGUGAAGAGUCCCUGGUCAUAUGAAUUGACCUGUCAAUUCCGUAUCGCAUUUGUUCUAUCAUAUUUUGUUCUGCUCCUUGAAACAAUUCAAACUCGGCUCAGUGCAAAUCCCUGCAAGGGAAAAGCGACCUGUCCAUCAUGGGUACGUUCGGGUCCCAGACCAGCACUUAUAACAAACUGGUCGCUAUUUUCGUCGCUGUUGGUUCAAUGACCUAUGGCUAUUGCUCCUCAAUCAUCUCCAGUACGAUCGGUCAACCAGGGUGGUAUACCUACUUCGAUCUUCCACAAGAGGGUGAACCGGGAUAUGCUUCGAUUACGACACCAGCCAUUUCCACCGCCAAUGGCGUCUUCAGUGCGGGGGGUGCUGUUGGCACACUAUUCAUAAUGUGGUCUUGCGAUUACUUUGGUCGAAAGGUUAAUAUUCAGUUGGGUGCUUUCUUUUCGAUGUUUGGAGGGGCGCUUCAAGGAGGUGCGAACUCUCUCAAGAUGUUCCAAGCCGGUCGGUUUGUGUGCGGUCUUGGAAUCGGUAUCCUCGUGACUGUUUGCCCCAUGUAUCUGUCCGAGAUGUCGAGUGCUUUCCGUCGUGGUUGGCUGGUCGGUCAUCAUGCGAUCUUCCUGGUUUUCGGUUACAUGCUUGCUGGCUGGGUCGGUUAUGCAUGCUACUUCGCUGAAGGAAAAUUGAGCAGUUUCGGCUGGAGGUUUCCCCUGUGUCUCCAGUGCCUGCCAGCGCUAGUGCUGCUUCUGGGAUCACCAUGGCUCCCUCGUUCCCCUCGAUGGCUUAUUGCCAAAGGGAAGCAUGAGGAAGCUAAGAUUGUGCUUCAGAAACUUCGCCAGUCACCGGAUGAUCCCGACAAUCUGGUUGCUAAGGAGGAAUAUUUCCAGACGGCGGAGCAGAUCCGCCUUGAAGCAGAGAGGUUAUCCACUUAUGGCAAUGUGUGGAACGCAGUUUUACGGAAGAAGACAUACAGAAAGCGAAUGGCAAUUGGCUUCCUGACGCAAUGGGGCGCUGAAUUUGGUGGGCCAUUGAUCAUUAAUAAUUAUGCUGUCCUUCUAUACACCAACCUUGGCAUGACCGGGGGCAUGCCUUUGCUGCUAAGUGCUGUUUGGCUAACUACAGCUGGCGUUAUCUACAACCCCCUUGGCGCCUGGCUUCAUGACAAGGUCAACUCACGGCGUGGCAUGUAUAUCACUGGCUUUGUUGGCAUUAUCAUCUCCACCUCAUGCUUGGCUGCUAUGACCUCCGAAUAUGCAGGCACCACGAACAGGGUUGGAAACGGAUUUGGAAUCUUCUUCAUUUACCUCUACUUGGCUUUCCAGGGAACCUUUUGCGAUACAACCAUGUAUCUCUACGUCUCUGAGAUUUUCCCGACCGAAAUCCGACCAAUUGGCAUGGGUUUCUCGCUUUUUGGACAGUUUGCUGCCACCCUCAUUUUACUGCAGACCGCCCCUAUGGGCUUCAACAAUGCUGGUUGGAAAUACUAUCUGGUCAUCAUCUGCUGGUCAGCUGUUUUCAUUCCAGUGAUCUACUACUUCUUCCCCGAGACUGCGCGGUUGACACUCGAGGAAAUUGCAAAGAACUUUGGAGAAGAAGUUGCUGUUCACGUCACUGAUGCGACCGACGAGGAGAAGGCCCAGCUCGAGCGGGACCUGGCUGCGAGAUCCGACAGCUCCGAGCCUACCGAAUCGGUCAAGGGUGCGGAAACUGGCAACAAAUCAGCAACAGAGGGAGUUCACGAGGCGCCAAGGAUUGAUUAAAAGCCCUAGGCUAUACGGAAGCAGUUCCCUCCGAGACCUUUAAUAUUUAGUUGGGCCACACCGGCUGUCCAGUCGCUACCAUCUGCGCUCUCUUCUGUCCCAUAACUGGGGCAUUAGAGCCCGACAUUUAUGACGCUCUCUUACCAGGCAUAAUUUGAGUUGUCUAAGGCUUGCCGUCCGCAAACCAACUAGGGACCACGAUGACGAGGUUUUGAUUGAACUUCAUACGAUCUUUACGACAUGACACUUCAAUAUAGAUGAGUGGAAUCUUAUAUAGGCUAUACAGGUUGAAUCUUAAUUUAUACCAGACAAUGCCAUGAGUUACCCUGGCACUUUGUCUUGAAUA